AUGCCUAACAACUCACAAGUGCGUGCUGCCGUUGAAUUCAACAACCAGGGCUUUCGCACUGGUCGCGAAUAUGCCAGAUACCUAUGCAGCUUUCGCAACCGUUCCAUCCAACCCUCUUUCACUAUUCAGCCAGCCGCCUUCAACAAGUAUGGUAUGGAUCUUCCUUCCAUGCUUGCUGGUCUCGGGUGGGGUUCCUUGCUUGAAGACCAACGUUUCAGCUUUUGUCCUGAGGCAGUCAGGAUGUUUUAUGUCAGCAUGAAACGAGGGCCAGGGCCUGAACCAUCCUUUUUCACCACUGUGGUUUAUAACCACAAAAUCAAGGUUACCCCAGAUCUGCUUGCCUCUGUUCUGUCACUGCCUCAUACUGGUCUUCGGGCUGGGUUUGAUGGGGAGUUUCACGAACUUGGGUUCGACUUCAUGACCUCCUUGUCUCUUCUCACUGAAGAUACAGGACGGUAUUUUCCCAACCAUCUCGAUGCUGGUCGUCUACCUGAUGACCUGAAAGUAUUUCACUGGUUUCUUACUCGCUGCUGGUUACCUCGAGAUCUGAGGAGCUCAGCCCUGCUGCAUCCCACUGAUCUUUGGAUCAUGUCUCACGCUCGUGCUCGUCAGCCACUCAGCUUUGCCACCUUGGUUUUCUGUCACAUGCUUAGGUUUGGCGAUGGAGGCUAUAGUGGGAAUCUGCCUUUUGGUCCUCUGAUCACGCGUCUGCUGUACAGGCUGCAGUUUGAUCUGCGUGACAAGGUAACCAUCUGCAACAUCCAUGAGGAUCUUCGUCCGAACCACAUUCUCAACCGUCUGGAUGCUGACGUUGGUCGUCGGAAGCUCGUCACUGGCUCAGGGGGAGGAGCUGGUGAGUUUCCUGCUCCGCUUGGAGACUCUCUCGCUCUGGUGCCUGCACUACUUAAGGCAGCUGUUUCAGCCAUCAAUACUGAAGUAGUUAGGCUCAAAGAGGCUGAACCAAGUCAGGAUGGUCUAACCAGAGCAUCGCUCGGGUUAAUGUUGUGCAAAGAGCGACUGGAGCUUAUGCAGUCUCCACAAGGGGAGCCAGAGGAUGAGGCAGUACCUGCUCCUGAAGAUUUUGAUCCCAUGUCCUCUGAUUCUGAAACUGACGACGAUAUCUCAGACUACGAUUCACCUCCCAGUUAUCCCUUUUAG